AUGCCGCGCCUCCCUCCAGCACUGCAAGUCUUCCCCACGCUCACCCGCUUCGCCAUCCGUCCCCGGCGCCUGGCAGAAGUCCCCAUCGGAGGCCCCGCGAGCAGCGUUUCCGCCCAGGCGCUGCAGCAGAGCGCGAUCCAUUUGUACCAUGACCUGGGCGUGGUGGUGUUUGCGGGGUGCUCGGUGAGGGAGGUUAGCCGGAUAGGAGAUGUGCUGAGGGAGGUUGUUGCUUUGGGGGGCCAGGGAGGGUUGGUGACGAGGCUGGAUGCGUGGGAGGGCGAGGUUGUGAGGAGGCGGGAGGAGGGUGUGAUGGAGGGGGAUGUGUAUAAGGCUUUGGAUGAGAAGAGGACGGGGAUUAUCAAGCCUACGGCUUUGCUACGGCUUGCGACGACACGGUUUGAGGAGAUACUCAAGGAAAAAGUUCCGGAGCUCAAGACUGCAAAGAACAUUGACCUUCGAGAAACACAAGUCAUGGUGCCGGCAUCACCCCCUCCGAGAGGAAUUAUUAACAAAACGGUUGACGGACAACGCCGAGUCCCCAUCGAGUCCUUCACCACCAUAGGCGUCAACCGUGUCAGCGGCUUCACGAUUGGAGAGACACGCUUCUUCACCGUCGGCUCAGGCAACUACGUUGGCGGCGCAAGGGCAGACUACAUGAUGCUAAAAUACGGCGAGGACAAGGACAAGAGCGCGAGCAUCAGCGUGACGCCUUACUGGGGCCACGGAAAGCUCAAGCAGCGGCGGCGGGCCAGCGACGAGGCACAGGGCGCCAUCUUUGACGACGUCGUGCGCAAGGUGAUGCAGCCGCUGUGGGAUGUGGAACGCAGUGUCUGGGCCACCAAGGCAGAGGAGCUGGAGAAGAAGGAGAAGAAGGGGAGACGAUAA